AUGGAGCAGAAAGAUGGCCCAGUGGCGGAAAAUCUCGCGAAAAUGUUCUUGCAAAGCCGAGCCUCUGCCAUUUGUCAUGUCUGCGCAGCAGAGCAAAAUGCGGGAAGCAGUCAGUCGAACAACCGGCCUGUGACCUACCGCGAUCUUACAGUGAUCUUAGAGAACCCACAUCAUGGCGGCAUUCGUGGCCAAGCAAAUGAUGGGCAGCAAGCUCAAUGCUGUCAAAGAGAUAUAUCCGCAUUCGGCGAAAAGAUACCUCAAAGCCAAGAUAAACUCUUCCGACCAGCCAUGAUGACAGGACAGGAUUGA